AUGAAGAAUUUUUCAUUUCCUGGGCAGGAUAACACACAUCGGACCGAGAGUCCUUCUUCUCACAGAUUCCCGAGUUUGACAAAUCAGUCAGAUCCUGUUGGAAGACCAGAAAGAGAUGAGCAAUUAGCUCAAGCAGAGAUUGCUGUACUGGGGGUCAUAUUUCUGAUAGCAUCUGUGGGCAAUUUUAUUCUCAUACUGGUGCUGUGGCGAAGAAGAAAGAAGCUCUCUAGGAUGUAUGUGUUCAUGCUUCAUCUCAGCAUCUCUGACUUAGUGGUAGCCUUUUUUCAAGUGCUGCCUCAACUCAUAUGGGAUAUUACAGAUGUUUUCAUAGGGCCAGAUUUCUUGUGCAGAAUUAUCAAGUAUCUGCAAUUACUGGGCAUGUUUGCCUCCACCUAUAUGAUAGUGGUCAUGACAGUGGACAGAUAUCAAGCAGUUUGCUACCCUAUGGUCACCUUCCAAAAGAAGAGAGCUCUCUGGAACAUCCCCAUUUGCACCAGCUGGUCUAUAGCACUGAUUCUUAGCCUACCACAGGUAUUUAUCUUUUCUAAGACUGAAAUAUCUCCUGGUAUCUUUGAAUGUUGGGGUGAAUUUAUUCAACCAUGGGGUCCAAGGGCAUAUGUGACUUGGAUUUUUGUAGUUAUAUUCUUCAUUCCUUCAGCCAUUCUUAUCACAUGCCAGGUUAAGAUUUGCAGAAUAAUCAGAAGAAAUAUAUAUGUGAAAAAACAGAAUGAAUAUGAAGCAACAAAUCAGAAGCGAGUCCUUCCAUCCCGAGCGAGCAGUGUGAACUGUAUUUCAAAGGCUAUGAUCAAGACAGUAAAAAUGACAGUGGUGACAGUUGUUGCAUAUGUUCUCUGUUGGUCACCUUUCUUCAUUGCACAGCUGUGGUCUGUGUGGUUCCCCAGUGUCAUGACUGAAGGUUCAGCAUUCACCAUUAUCAUGCUCCUGGGCAAUUUAAAUAGUUGCACCAACCCAUGGAUUUACAUGUAUUUCUGUGGCCACAUUCCAUACUGCACAAAUAAGCAGCUGGAGAACACCUCUGCUCAAGAGGAAUCAGUGAUCACAGGGAGCAUUCAUCUCAUAGACAGAGACCCUGAGGAAAACAAUACUUCUGCAUAA